AUGUCGUCUGCACAGCGUGCAUUCGCUUCGAAACUGACCAAGCACAAUUCGUCGGACAUUCGCAAAAAUGUGGCCAACUAUCAGUUGCUGUCGAAAAGCGACAGUAGUUCCGUGUGUUCCUCUUCAAUUUCUUUGUGCGAUCUGGUGGAACCGAUUGACUACGAGGAGUUUCUGGCACAGCACAGCAGCCUGCUCCACAAGGAUCCGCUGCGGUCGAUUUUGGAUUUCCCUUCCGGAGACGUGCAGGUGAAGAUAGUGCCACGCAAGAUACGAACCAUUGAACAUGUCACUCCCAAGGAACCGCUCGAGGAGCUGCCGCUGUACGUGCAGCACUGUGUGGACUGUUUCACGCGACCCUGGAAGGUGGUCGACUUUUCGGCGCGACACCACUCCGGAUCGUGUAGCUCGGGCGAUCGCAAGGACAAGGGUGCGCUCAGUCCUACUUCGUACCAGCAAGAGUUCGAAAUCGACCGGGACUUUGGGUCGAUGGGCGUUUCGUUGGAUGAAUCCGUCACCUCCACCACGCUGUACGCGAGCGAAAGCUGCACUCCCAGCAGCCGCCAGUCGAUCGCAAGCCUUUCUUCCGUGUCCACCUGCACGGACACCCUGACACCGCGUGGAUCGUGGGCAUCGUUCGAUCUGCGAAGCUCAGUCAACGAUCCGCUCAUCACGGGUGUGCUAGAGCGUGUGCCUCCAGAAAGUGUUGACCAAAGCAACGAAGUGAAGCGACAGGAAGAGCGCCAGCAAGCGCUCUUCGAUCUGUACCCGGUCAGUGAGCUGACGGUCGAGAAGCGUCUUCCGGCCGAAAUUCCAAUGGAACACCUGGGGAACCGGAUCCAUGUAAAGUGCUUGCACCUCAAGCUGGAACUUGAGGUGGAGCCCAUUUUUGCCUCGAUGGCGAUCUACGAUGCGAAGGAGAAGAAAAAACUGUCCGAGAAUUUCUACUUCGACAUGAACCCGGAAUCGUUGCGUCGAAUGCUAGUGAACCAUGUGCCGUUUUCGGACAUUAGCACGCAAGCGAGGGAAGCUGUGUUUGACAUCACGAAUCCAAGUACCGAACUGUAUCUCGUAAUAAGACUGGAAAAAGUGCUUCAAGGAGACAUCAAAGACUCGGUCGAACCGUACCUUAAGGACGAUAAGGAUAAGUACAAGGACAAGGCUAAAUCCAAUGCAUCCGAUUACUGUGAGCGGCUCGGCAAGUACCGAAUGCCGUUCGCCUGGACCGGCAUCUAUCUGACGAGCAUAUUCAACGGCGACAGCAUGGAGAAGGACGAUCGCGAAAGCAUUGGAUCGGCCUCGAGCUCAAAUAGCCUCGAUCGGAAAUCAUCCACCAGCAGCUUCGAUCAGUUCCGCAAGCGGGCCAGUGACAUGGGCACACUGACGCGGCGCGGUUCGCUGGAGAGAAAAAUGGAAAAACGACGCUCCUGGUCGCCGGAUGACUUCGCGAACAGCAUCGAAACAUUCCGACCGAUCACCAUUACGGUGGCAAGCUUCUUCAAGCAGGAAUCGGAUAAAAUGAAGGACGAGGAAUUGUACAAAUUCCUGCCGGAGCUUAAGCGCCCUGCGGCGCUGAUGAAGAAGCACAAGUGCAUACCGGGCUCGAUUAAGGUGGAAAUUUCUCCCGCUCCCGAGGAACUGAAGUACGCGUUGACACCGGAGCUGGCCAGAAUCGAUCCGUAUCCCGACGAUCACACGCGGCCUGUGAAGGAAGUUCUCGAGUUUCCAUCCACACCCAUUCUAAACCCGCACUACGCGUACCGUAACUUGCUGUUUGUGUCCACGAAGGAGCUAAACUUCUCAACCCGAGCGGGUUCGGCUCGCAACAUCGCCGUCAGGGUACAGUUGAUGGCGGGCGAGAAGCAAUUGGACGCACUGCCGGCCAUUUUCGGCAAAAGCUCCUGCGCCGAAUUCAGUACCGAAGCGUACAGUGCCGUUAACUACCACAACAAGCAGCCAACGUUUUACGACGAGAUCAAAAUCGAGCUUCCGGCUAAUCUGAAGCAAAAUCAUCACAUUCUGUUUACGCUCUUCCAUGUGUCGUGCCAGAAAAAGCCGCAGGAAGUGCAGUCGACCGUCGAGACGCCGGUGGGGUACACCUGGCUGCCGGUGCUCAAGGACGGUCACCUGAACGUUGGGGAAUUCAAUCUGCCCGUCAUGGUGGAGGAACCACCGGACAACUACUCCUUCAUACCGCCAGAUGUGCAGCUGCCCGGUACCAAGUGGCUCGACAACCAUCGGCAGGUGUUUUCGGUCACGAUCGAUGCGGUGACGUCGGUUCACGCGCUCGACGACUAUCUCGACAAGUUUAUCUUCAUGUGCGAGUGUCUCGACAUGCGCAAGGUGCCGCCCCGCAUCGGCGAGGGCAACAUGGAGCGAGAGUUCCGGAAAACGCUCGUAGAAUUACAGUGCGCCGAUCAGGAGCAGUUGGUGAAAAAUAUUCAGGUCAUACUGGACAAGCUGAUCGAGCUUCUCGUGACCACGUACAAGAUCGGUGGCGAAGCGCUGUCGCUCGGGCAGCACGUCUUCGAAACGAUCUGCCAGAUAUCGGAUAAAACUUGUGUAAGUAACGGAUCCCUGCAACCCGAGGCUCGUUACGGAAGGCAGAGCAUUCUGAGCACCUACAUACAGUUCCAAUGCAAGAUUCCGCAUCCGAUGGACCCAAAGUGUAAGCUCGGAUCGCUGCAGACACCCACCCGACGACCGGCGUCCGCUGACGAGAUGAACCGCAGCACGAGCAGUACCGAUUUGGCUGACAUCGGCAUGAGCCGUACAGCGGAUCGUGCCCUGAGCGUACGAUCGGAUGGAUGUUCGCCCGGGUCCGGCGUCAAGGAUGGGUUGGUCCGGUUGCUGCACGAAGAAAUCGCCCUCAACUGGGUGGUGGCGAGUGGAACGGCCGCCGAGCUGUCGAUGACGAACUCGUGGAUGCUGUUCGAGCUGAUGGUGAAAAGUAUGAUCGAGCAUCUGGACCUCACGAACGCUCUAAAUUCGCCCCGCAAAAGCCGUUUUCCACAUCAGUACACGGACGAUAUCGGAACGCUCGUUCACCUGGUCACGACCAAAGUGGUCGGCUACAACAGUAGCGACCCGAAGCUGGCCCAGUCGAUCAACUCAAGUUUGGCGUUUUUCGUGUUCGAUCUGCUCAGCAUCAUGGACCGCGGGUUCGUGUACGGGCUGAUCAAGACGUACUACAAGGUGAUUAUGACCAAAAGCACCUCCACCACGGACAUGAUCCAGUACAAACUGGACUUUCUGCGUAUCGUGUGCAGUCACGAACAUUUCGUUGCUUUGAAUCUACCCUUCGGUACGCCUUAUACGGCCCUCUCGGCUCCGUGCAGCCCGACACCGAGCGUUACUUCGAACAACAGUCAAAAUUCGUACGUCAGCGCCAUGACCGGAAACGAUCGAGCCCUGUACGCCGAUCUGAGUGUCGAGUUCCGUCAGCAGCACUUCCUCGUUGGGUUGGUGCUUCAGGAACUGGCGAAUGUGCUGGACAUUUCAAACACUGCACUACACGCGAAAGCAAUCAGUUGCCUCCGCGAUCUGCUAACCUCGCACGAUCUCGAUCCACGCUACAGUGAGGUUGAGGCGAGGGCUCGCGUCGCUGCCCUCUACCUGCCGCUGCUCGGCAUCGUAAUGGAUGUUAUUCCGCAGCUACACACUCCACUCUCGCAGUCACACGAUCGCCUCAACACCAUCGGUCAACUGGACGACUACCAGGGUCCGGCCACAUCGGUACCACCAGCCAGCACUAUCAGUCCGGAGGUUGCGUUUGCCAUUUCCGGCAUACGGCGCUACAGUUACGUGUCGGAAACGCCGAAACCGAAAGCCGCCCUGACUGGCGACACGCGUCACCUACUGGCUUGCUUCCUCUGGGUAUUGAAGAACCUCGAGCCGGGCACCCUCAUCAAGUAUACGACGGCACUGAGCCCCCAUCGCGUGCACCAGAUGCUGCAGGUGUUGAACAUCUGUCUACCGAACUUUGAGUACCGGGGCAAGAAGCAACCAGCGAACACCUCGAAGCGGAACACGUCCAGUUUCCGCAAAACGCCCGACAUGCGCGAAAAACUGGAAGAGUUUAUCCGUGGAACCGGUUCAGCGCGCAACGAUCUCAUCAACCGGCGCAAGGACGGUCGCAACUCGACGGAGAAGCUGCGCUGGAAGAAGGAUCAAAUACGCACCCAGUUCUACGACAGCAGUAUUAAAAACGAAGCCGAAUUGGAGAUGUGCAGCUUCAUCGAAGGAUCGCUCGCGACGGAAGUGUGCCUGACCGUGCUGGAUACGCUCGAGAUGAUCGUCCAGGUCGCGUCCUCAUCCGAGAUGCACCACAAUCUGCUGGGCACGGUGCUCAAGGUACUGCUGCACGCGCUUUCGCGCAACCAAAGCACGCUCGCGCUGCAGAACCUUUUCGCCUCGCAACGGUCGCUGGUUUUCAAGUACCACAAUCUGCUGUUCGACGAGGAGACGGACAACUGUGCCGAUCUUUGUUUGCUGCUGCUGAAACACUGCGGCUCCCAGUUGCCCACCGUGCGAUCACAAGCGGCUGCCUCGCUGUAUCUGCUGAUGAGACAAAAUUUCGAAAUCGGCAACAAUUUUGCACGCGUUAAGAUGCAGGUCACGAUGUCGCUCAGUUCGCUGGUGGGCACCAGCUCGUCGUUCAGCGAACAGUCGUUGCGCCGAGCCCUGAAAACGAUCCUAGUAUACGCCGAGUCGGACACCGAUUUGCAGGACACAUCUUUCCCCGAACAGGUGCAAGAUUUGUUGUUCAACCUGCACAUGAUUCUGUCGGACACGGUCAAAAUGAAGGAGUACCAGGAGGAUCCCGAGAUGUUGCUCGAUCUGAUGAACCGCAUUGCCAAAGGGUAUCAGAACUCGCCGGAUCUACGGCUGACGUGGUUGGAGAAUAUGGCCAAAAAGCACACGGAACGAGCCAACCACACGGAAGCGGCGAUGUGCUACGUUCACAGUGCGGCGCUUGUGGCCGAGUACCUAAGCAUGCUGGAAUCACAGACCCAUCUGCCGGUUGGGGCCGUUUCUUUUAAGCACAUUUCACCGAACGCCCUAAUGGAGUCGGCCGUCUCGGACGAUGUAGUGAGCCCUGGCGAGGAUGGCAUUUGUCUUGGUAAUAGCUUUACCGAGGGUGGACUGAAGCAGCUGCUGGAUCACGCGGCCAGCGCAUUCCAGGCGGCCGGCAUGUACGAAGCCAUGAACGACGUGUACAAGGUGCUAAUACCGAUCUGUGAGGCGAACCGCGAUUUCCGCAAGCUGGCCUCGAUCCACGGCAAGCUGCUCGAAGCGUUCAACCGCAUUGCGCAGCUGCAGGGUAAGCGAGUGUUUGGCACAUACUUUCGGGUCGGUUUCUACGGUGCCAAGUUCGGUGACCUCGAUCAGCAGGAGUUUAUCUACAAGGAGCCUACGCUGACAAAGUUGCCGGAGAUUUUUAGCCGCUUGCAAAAUUUCUACGCCGAUCGAUUCGGUCCGGACGUGGUGCAAAUCAUAAAGGACUCGAACGCCGUCGAAGUGGCCACGCUCGACCCGGAGAAGACGUACAUUCAGAUCACCUACGUCGAGCCGUACUUUGAAACGUACGAGCUACGCUACAAAGAAACGUACUUCGAGCGUAACUUUAACAUCAAACGUUUCAUAUUUGCUACACCGUUCACAAAGUCAGGCAAAGCGCACGGUGAUCUGCAUGAGCAGUGCAAAAGAAAAACCAUCCUCACCACGGCCAAUCACUUCCCCUAUGUGAAAACGCGCAUUCAGGUGGUCCAACGGCAGCAGAUUGUGCUCGAACCGAUCGAGGUGGCAAUCGAGGACAUUCAGAAGAAGACGGCCGAACUGGCAGCCGCUACCAAUCAAGAGCCGGCCGACCCGAAGAUACUGCAAAUGGUGCUGCAAGGGUGCAUCGGUACAACCGUGAACCAAGGUCCGAUGGAAAUGGCGCACGUGUUUCUGUCGAGCAUCGCCAAUGGGAACACAAUCCCGACGAAGCAUCAGAACAAACUGAGGCUGUGCUUCAAAGACUUCUCCAAAAAAUGCGCCGACGCGCUGAAGAAGAAUCGCAAUCUCAUUUUACCGGACCAGAAAGACUACCAGAAGGAAUUGGAACGCAACUAUCAGGUGUUUACCGAACGGCUCUCUCCACUGAUCACGAUCAGCCCUUCGCAGGCCCAAGGGCUGGUAGCGGCGAAGAACGACGUUCACAAUAAUAAUCGGUUGACCUGUACACUGCGCUUCUAGUGCGCCAGUAAUCUCAAUCCGUAAAGUCAUGAUUUGCUCUCUACACUCCCGGAUGAUCUUCAACCGAUUUAUCGGUUACCGUAUGGACGUUUAAGGAUUUGUUUGUCAAAAGGAUAGUCCUGUGCAUGCGUUGUGUUCCUCGUUUCUUUUCAUAUUAGUAAGUGCCAAAGAUUUUUUGGAAUAAUCCACAACAUUCAAUGCUCUAGAUUUCAAUGCUAAGGUUCUGAAAAGACGUGCAUUGCAACCUUUGCGGUCUCUUACUGUUCUGUGCUGAAAAGUAAAAGGAAUUGUGUAAACAUGUAUUUCCGUGCAAGGAAUCAAUAUUUAUAUACGUAUACCUAGGAUAAUAAGAAAUGAAAAAUAUUCGUUUAGUUUUGAGUUAAUGGCACUUAGUUCAGGAGGUAAUGGGCGCACUACGACGUAAAAGAAACACGCACAUGUUCACUGUAUGUUUUGCUGUAGUGUGUAUGGAAUCGCUAUUUUCGAAGCCGCCGGGAAUCGAAAUUUUCCCGUCAAAUAAAUAUUGUAGACUUUGAAACAAUUGAAAUUUCGACAGUUCUCACUUGGAAGUGAUUCACUUUCGACCAGUUAUCAGUGUCAUGAUAGCGGCUUCCAGCGAACCGACAAAGUAAGAUACGUUUUGUGCGAUAAUGUUCUCUCGCGAGCUUUUAUCCAAAACUACGGUUUGUAAUAAAUAUCCAUCAAUA